ACUUCGACACUAGAGCUACAAGGAUCAUUUGUCCCGCGCUUGGCUAGAGAACAUUGUGUCAACGCGUCUCUCUUCCAGGGUCAAGCCACCAACAGAUUAAUCCUACUCGUUUGAUCUAGACGUACUUGAGGCGGAACUCCACCAUGCCAGCAUCAUCCAGCUUCGAGAACCUUGGCUGUAUAAGGUCUAGGAAGAUAUUAUAUAAACCUUUGGGAGCUGAUGUUCCGACCGGCACGCCCAUGAUGUAUUUUGUGCAGACCUUUAGCGGUGCACUUUUUAUCGCGGUGGCUCAGAAUGUUUUUCAAACCCGUCGCAAAGAAGAACUGAUCGAAACCAUGCCCGAUGUUGACCCCAACGUGGUGGUGAGCACGGGGGCAACCAGUUUGCAGAAAUUCGUCAGUGCUCAGGAUCUCCCUCGAAUUCUCAGUGCGUAUGACGCAGAACUGACCCGAGCGUUCUUGGUUGCCACUAAAAUGGCCGCUCUAACUCUCAUCGGCUCUCUUGCAGUACAGUGGAGGACUACCAAGUCCAGCAAGUCCGAGGCCACCAAGCAUAAUAUGGCGAUUAAUGAAAACGUUGACACGGAAGGGACCGCGGCGGCCAUGGGCGAUGCUCCAUAGUGACCGACUAUGCCAAACCUGCUUGCCUGUCACUUGCUUUCUGUUACCGUGGGCAUGAUCCUUUUUGCCUGCUGCGUUCCUUUCUCCUUGCGUCAGGCUGUCCUUCUGUUGAGAACUUCUAUCUGUUUGGACUUCUCAGGUGGUUUGA